AUGUGGAGAUUGCUGUUAAAUCAAUCGGACACUCGAUGGGAAAGUCGAAUUAACUGUAUUCAACCUCUGCGGUAUUAUUUUGGCAAUGUUUUGAUUGCACUGGAAAAACUGGAGGAGUAUGCAAUAGAAAAAAAAGAUGGAAAAACAGCUUCGGAGGUUCGGUCAUUGAUAACAUAUAUUUCAGACUGGGCAUUUCUUUUGUCUAUUGUCAUCUGGUAUGACAUUUUAUUUCAAGUAAAUAAAACAAGCAAGCUCAUUCAAUCCUUUGGUAUUUCUCUAGAUGUUAUGGAAAAUGAAAUCAGAGCAACUGAGACAUUUUUAGAGAAGUAUCGAGAAAAUGGAUUCUCAAGUGCUGAGACCACAGCCCGUGAACUUGCAGAAGAACAAAAUAUUCCAAGAAAUUUUGCAUCAAUUUGCAACAAUAGGGAAAAAAAAUUGUUUGAUUAUGAAGGAGACGACGAAAGCGGUAGUCAAACGCCCAUAUCACAGUUCAAAAGUGACUUUUUUUUUGUGCUUUUGGACCAAGCUUUACAAUCUGUACGGGAGCGUUUCCAACAAACACAUGAUGUGGCUGCUGUAUUUUCAUUUCUGUUUAAUCAGAAAAGUCUUUUUCAAGCAUACAAAGACAACACCCUUUUGCUGAAGUGCCAGAAUUUUCACAAUAAAAUGGGUGAUAUAGAUCCGUUUGAAAUGGAGAUGGAAUUAAAGAGAUUUAUUCAUCUAGUUUUAGAAAACGAUGAAAAGUUAAAAACUGCAAUACAUUUUCUGAAUUAUAUCAACAACAAAUGUCUGCAGGAGGUGUAUCCUAAUGUCGCUAUCGCACUCCGUGUUUUGUUGACUUGCCCUGUGACAGCAACAAUUGCUGAAAGAAGCUUCAGUAAAUUAAAACUUAUCAAAAAUUUCCAUCGCUCAACAAUGACGCAAGAUCGGCUGUCUUCUCUAGCCAUGCUCUUAAUAGAAAGUGACUGUCCCCGGAAGAUAAACUGUGACCACCUUUAUUGA